AUGGGAGAGUUAGCAGCGGAGAAGCAUGCCAAUUACAUUGUAUCAGUGGAAAAGAAAAAAGGGUCAUUUGAAUCUGUCGUGAUUGAGCAUUUGAGAAUGAAUGGAGCAUAUUGGGGGCUCACCACUCUUGACUUAUUGGGAAAGCUUCAUGUUGUGGAUGUUGAUCAAAUUAUUUCAUGGCUCAUAAGUUGUCAACAUGAGUUAGGUGGUUUUGGUGGUAACAUUGGGCAUGAUCCACAUGUAAUGUAUACCCUAAGUGUUGUGCAAGUUUUAGCCCUCUUUGACAAGCUUGAUGUUCUAGACAUUGAGAAGGUGUCAAAUUAUGUUGCUGGGCUACAAAAUGAAGAUGGAUCAUUUUCCGGGGAUGAAUGGGGUGAAGUUGAUACAAGAUUCUCCUAUAUUGCAAUAUGCUGCCUUGCAUUGGUGCAUCAGUUGAAUAAAAUUAAUGUUGAGAAGGCUGUGAAGUAUAUAGUUAGUUGCAAAAACCUGGAUGGUGGAUUUGGAUGUACACCGGGUGGAGAGUCUCAUGUUGGGCAAAUUUUCUGUUGUGUGGGAGCUCUUGCUAUUACAGGGUCUCUGCAUCAUAUCGACAAAGACCUUCUCGGGUGGUGGUUGUGUGAGCGGCAAGUCAAAUCUGGAGGUCUUAAUGGGCGCCCAGAGACACUUCCAGAUGUCUGCUAUUCAUGGUGGGUCCUUUCUAGCCUGAUCAUGAUUGACAGAGUACAUUGGAUUAACAAGGAAAAACUUGUGAAGUUCAUCUUAGACUGCCAGGAUGUAGAAAAUGGAGGAAUUUCAGAUAGACCAGAUGAUGCAGUUGAUGUAUACCACACAUACUUUGGUGUAGCUGGACUUUCACUUCUUGAAUAUCCAGGAUUGAAAGCCAUAGAUCCAGCCUAUGCUUUGCCGGUUGAUGUUGUAAAUAGAAUUUUCUUGGGCAAAUAAUGAUCCUGAAGAACAACUUAUGAUUCUAAUUAUAACUGAACUCAUUGUUUUCUAUUUUAUAGGAAAUAAAGAAAAUAAUAUAUCUUUAUAUUGAAGUAGAAAUAUAUUGUUAAAGGGAUAAUGCUUUGGACAUUGUUUUGAAUCAAAUGCAGUCUCGUGAUCGUGGUCAUUUGAAUAUGCCAGCUGAUGAAAGAGAAAAGAGACACCAGCAUAAUUUCAUGCAUGU